GAUCCGCCGAGCCCAGCGGACACCUCUCUCCUCGGGUGCAGGUGGGGAGGGCAGGGGGUGCCGCUGGACCGGCGCUGCCAGAAACAAUUUCUCGGGGCGCUUUGCUCCUGCUUCCCCCCCUUUCCCCUUCUCUGGACGGGUUUUCCAAGGGGUGGGGGGAAAGACGCACACACACAGAAGUGGAAAACAGUUAAUGACCAGCCACAGCAUCCCUGCUGUGAGCUGCUGCGGCUGCCUCCAGGAGCUCCUGAGCCACGCACAGUUUGCUGUGGCUGCCAGCUGAGGAAACAUGGCUUACUGGCCACAGUUGAGAUUGCUGCUGUGGAAGAACCUCACUUUCAGAAGAAGACAAACGUGUCAGCUGUUGCUGGAAGUGGCCUGGCCUCUGUUUAUCUUCCUGAUCCUGAUCUCCGUUCGACUGAGCUACCCACCCUAUGAACAACAUGAGUGCCACUUUCCAAACAAAGCCAUGCCAUCUGCAGGAACGCUUCCUUGGGUUCAGGGGAUUAUCUGUAAUGCCAAUAACCCCUGUUUCCGUUAUCCGACUCCUGGUGAGGCUCCUGGGGUUGUUGGAAACUUUAACAAAUCCAUUGUGUCUCGCCUGUUCUCUGAUGCUCAGCGGCUUCUUUUAUACAGUCAGAAAGACACCAGCAUGAAGGACAUGCACCAUGUUCUGAGGACAUUACGGCAGAUUGAGAAUUCCAACUCAAGCUUGAAGCUUCAGGAUUUCCUAGUGGACAAUGAAACCUUCUCUGGAUUCCUGACUUACAACCUCUCUCUGCCAAGGUCUACUGUGGACAAAAUGCUGGGGGCUGAUGUUAAUCUUCACAAGGUAUUGUUGCAAGGCUACCAGUUACAUUUGACCAAUCUGUGCAGUGGAUCAGAAUUAGAAAAGGUGAUUCAACUUGGUGACCAAGAAGUUUCCACACUUUGCAGCUUGCCAAGGGAGAAACUGGAUGCAGCGGAGCAGGUACUCCGUUCCAACAUGGACAUCCUGAGGCCAAUCCUUACAGAACUAAACUAUACAUCUCCCAUCCUGAGCAAGGAACUGACGAAGGCCACAAAAACUUUGCUGGAUAGUCUCGGGACUCUGGCCCAAGAGCUAUUCAGCAUGAACAGCUGGAGUGACAUGCGGCAGGAGGUGAUGUUCCUGACCAAUGUGAACAGCUCCAGCUCCUCCACCCAGAUCUAUCAGGCUGUGUCCCGCAUUGUGUGUGGCCAUCCCGAGGGUGGCGGCCUGAAGAUCAAGUCCCUCAACUGGUACGAGGACAACAACUACAAGGCCCUUUUUGGAGGCAACGGCACUGAGGAAGAUGCUGGCACCUUUUAUGACAAUUCUACAACCCCUUAUUGCAAUGAUUUGAUGAAGAAUUUGGAGUCCAGUCCUCUUUCCCGCAUCAUAUGGAAAGCUCUCAAGCCUCUGCUUGUUGGGAAGAUCCUAUAUACACCUGACACUCCAGCCAUAAGGCAGGUGAUGGCCGAGGUGAAUAAGACCUUUCAGGAACUGGCUGUGUUUCAUGAUCUGGAAGGCAUGUGGGAAGAGCUGAGCCCCAAGAUCUGGACCUUCAUGGAGAGUAACCCAGAAAUGGACCUUGUUCGGACACUGUUGGACAGCAGAAGCAAUGACCAGUUUUGGGAACAGAAAUUGGAUGGCUUAGGUUGGACCGCUAAAGACAUCCUGGCAUUUUUGGCCAAGCACCCAGAGGAUGUCCAGUCUGCUAAUGGCUCUGUGUAUACCUGGAGAGAAGCCUUCAAUGAGACCAACCAGGCAGUUCGGACCAUCUCUCGUUUCAUGGAGUGUGUCAACCUGAACAAGCUCGAACCCAUAGCAACGGAAGUCCGGCUCAUCAACAAGUCCAUGGAGCUACUGGAUGAGAGGAAGUUCUGGGCUGGGAUCGUGUUCACCGGAAUCACUCCUGGCAGUGUUGAGCUGCCCCAUCAUGUCAAGUACAAGAUCCGAAUGGACAUUGAUAAUGUGGAGAGGACAAAUAAAAUCAAAGAUGGGUACUGGGACCCGGGUCCUCGGGCUGACCCCUUUGAGGAUAUGCGGUACGUUUGGGGAGGCUUUGCCUACUUGCAAGAUGUGGUGGAACAGGCGAUCAUCAGGGUGCUAACCGGCACUGAGAAGAAAACUGGUGUUUAUGUGCAACAGAUGCCCUACCCCUGUUAUGUCGAUGAUAUCUUCCUGCGGGUGAUGAGCCGGUCGAUGCCUCUGUUCAUGACGCUGGCCUGGAUCUACUCUGUGGCUGUGAUCAUCAAGGGCAUUGUAUAUGAGAAAGAGGCGAGGCUGAAGGAAACCAUGCGCAUCAUGGGCCUGGACAACGGCAUCCUCUGGUUCAGCUGGUUCAUCAGCAGCCUCAUUCCUCUGCUCGUGAGCGCCAGCCUGCUGGUGGUCAUCCUGAAAUUAGGAAACCUGCUGCCCUACAGCGACCCCAGCGUGGUGUUUGUCUUUCUGUCUGUGUUUGCCGUGGUCACCAUCCUGCAGUGCUUCCUGAUCAGCACACUCUUCUCCAGAGCCAACCUGGCGGCAGCCUGCGGGGGCAUCAUCUACUUCAUUCUUUACCUGCCCUACGUCCUGUGCGUGGCGUGGCAAGACUAUGUGGGCUUCACGCUCAAGAUCUUCGUGAGCCUGCUGUCUCCUGUGGCUUUUGGGUUUGGCUGUGAGUACUUUGCCCUUUUUGAGGAGCAGGGCAUUGGGGUGCAGUGGGACAACCUGUUUGAGAGCCCCACGGAGGAAGAUGGCUUCAACCUCACCACGUCAGUCUCCAUGAUGCUGUUCGACACCUUUAUCUAUGGAGUGAUGACGUGGUACAUUGAGGCUGUCUUUCCAGGCCAGUAUGGAAUACCCAGGCCCUGGUAUUUUCCUUGCACCAAAUCCUACUGGUUUGGUGAGGAAAGUGAUGAGAAGAGCCACCCUGGUUCCAGCCAGAAGGGAAUAUCAGAAAUUUGCAUGGAGGAGGAGCCCACACACCUGAAGCUGGGCGUGUCCAUUCAGAACCUGAUGAAGGUUUACCGAGACGGCAUGAAGGUGGCUGUUGAUGGCCUGGCCUUGAAUUUCUAUGAGGGCCAGAUUACCUCCUUUCUGGGCCACAAUGGAGCUGGGAAGACCACCACCAUGUCAAUCCUGACUGGGUUGUUUCCUCCCACCUCGGGCACUGCCUACAUCCUGGGGAAAGACAUUCGCUUUGAGAUGAGCACCAUCCGGCAGAACCUGGGGGUCUGCCCCCAGCACAACGUGCUAUUUGACAUGCUGACUGUAGAAGAACACAUCUGGUUCUAUGCUCGUCUAAAAGGACUCUCAGAGAAGCAUGUGAAAGCAGAGAUGGAGCAAAUGGCCCUGGAUGUUGGGUUGCCUCCCAGCAAACUGAAAAGCAAAACAAGUCAGCUCUCAGGUGGAAUGCAAAGAAAACUGUCUGUGGCUUUGGCCUUUGUUGGAGGAUCCAAGGUUGUCAUUCUGGAUGAGCCCACAGCUGGCGUGGACCCUUACUCCCGCAGGGGAAUAUGGGAACUAUUGUUGAAAUAUCGACAAGGCCGCACCAUUAUUCUCUCCACGCACCACAUGGAUGAAGCAGACAUCCUGGGAGACAGGAUUGCCAUCAUUUCCCAUGGGAAGCUGUGCUGUGUGGGCUCCUCCCUGUUUCUGAAGAACCAGCUGGGAACAGGCUACUACCUGACCCUGGUCAAGAAGGAUGUGGAAUCCUCCCUCAGUUCCUGCAGAAAUAGCAGUAGCACUGUGUCUUACCUGAAGAAGGAGGACAGUGUUUCUCAGAGCAGUUCUGAUGCUGGCCUGGGCAGCGACCAUGAAAGUGACACGCUGACCAUCGAUGUCUCCGCUAUCUCCAGCCUCAUCAGGAAGCAUGUAGCUGAGGCCCGGCUAGUGGAAGACAUUGGGCAUGAGCUGACUUACGUGCUGCCCUAUGAAGCUGCCAAAGAGGGGGCCUUUGUGGAACUCUUCCAUGAGAUUGAUGACCGGCUCUCAGACCUGGGCAUCUCUAGUUAUGGCAUCUCAGAGACUACGCUGGAAGAAAUAUUUCUCAAAGUGGCUGAAGAGAGUGGGGUGGACGCUGAGACUUCAGAUGGCACCUUGCCAGCAAGACGAAACAGGCGGGCCUUUGGGGACAAGCAGAGCUGUCUUCGCCCAUUCACUGAAGAUGAUGCCAUUGAUCCUAAUGAUUCUGAUGUAGACCCAGAAUCCAGAGAGACAGACCUGCUCAGCGGGAUGGACGGCAAAGGCUCCUACCAAGUGAAGGGCUGGAAACUCACACAGCAGCAGUUUGUGGCCCUUCUGUGGAAGAGGUUGCUGAUUGCCAGAAGGAGUCGGAAAGGAUUCUUUGCUCAGAUUGUCCUGCCAGCUGUGUUUGUCUGCAUUGCCCUGGUGUUCAGCUUGAUCGUGCCACCUUUUGGCAAGUACCCCAGCCUGGAGCUUCAGCCCUGGAUGUACAACGAACAGUACACAUUUGUCAGUAAUGAUGCUCCUGAGGACCUGGGCACCCAGGAACUCUUGAAUGCCCUCACCAGAGAUCCUGGCUUCGGAACCCGAUGUAUGGAAGGAAACCCAAUCCCAGAUAUGCCCUGCUCUGUGGGGGAGGAGGAGUGGACCACCGCCCCGGUUCCCCAGACCAUCACGAAACUCUUCCAAAAUGGGAACUGGACGAUGGAGAACCCGUCACCCUCCUGCCAGUGUAGCAGCGACAAAAUCAAGAAGAUGCUGCCUGUGUGUCCCCUGGGGGCAGGGGGGCUGCCUCCUCCACAAAGAAAACAGAACACCGCAGACAUCCUUCAGAACCUGACAGGAAGAAACAUUUCGGAUUAUCUGGUGAAGACCUAUGUGCAGAUCAUAGCCAAAAGUUUAAAGAACAAGAUCUGGGUGAAUGAGUUUAGGUACGGAGGGUUUUCCCUGGGUGCCAGUAAUUCUUAUUCAUUCCCUUCAAGUCAAGAAGUUAAUAAUGCCAUCAAGCAAGUGAAGAAACACUUGAAGCUGGCCAAGGACAGUUCUGCAGAUCGAUUCCUCAGCAGCUUGGGAAGAUUCAUGACAGGACUAGACACAAAAAAUAAUGUCAAGGUGUGGUUCAACAAUAAGGGCUGGCAUGCCAUUAGCUCUUUCUUGAAUGUCAUGAACAAUGCCAUCCUCCGGGCCAACCUGCAGAAGGGAGAGAACCCGAGCCAGUAUGGGAUUACUGCUUUCAAUCACCCUCUGAAUCUCACCAAGCAACAGCUCUCAGAAGUGGCUCUGAUGACUACAUCAGUGGAUGUCCUUGUGUCCAUCUGUGUCAUCUUUGCAAUGUCUUUCGUCCCUGCCAGCUUUGUGGUGUUCCUGAUCCAAGAGCGGGUCAGCAAAGCAAAGCACCUGCAGUUCAUCAGUGGAGUGAAGCCUGUCAUCUACUGGCUCUCCAAUUUUGUGUGGGACAUGUGCAACUAUGUGGUCCCUGCCACGCUGGUCAUUAUCAUCUUCAUCUGCUUCCAGCAGAAGUCCUAUGUGUCCUCCACCAACCUACCCGUGCUAGCCCUUCUACUUUUGCUGUAUGGGUGGUCGAUCACACCUCUCAUGUACCCGGCCUCCUUCGUGUUCAAGAUCCCGAGUACAGCUUACGUGGUCCUCACCAGCGUGAACCUCUUCAUCGGGAUCAAUGGCAGCGUGGCCACUUUUGUGCUGGAGCUGUUCACCAACAAUAAACUGAAUAACAUCAAUGAUAUCCUCAAGUCUGUAUUCUUGAUCUUCCCACACUUUUGCCUGGGACGGGGGCUCAUCGACAUGGUGAAAAAUCAGGCAAUGGCUGAUGCUUUGGAAAGGUUUGGGGAGAAUCGUUUUGUUUCACCACUGUCUUGGGACUUAGUGGGACGAAACCUCUUCGCCAUGGCCGUGGAAGGGGUGGUAUUCUUCCUCAUCACUGUUCUGAUCCAGUACAGAUUCUUCAUCAGGCCCAGACCUGUAAAUGCAAAGCUUCCUCCUUUGAAUGAUGAGGAUGAAGAUGUGAAGCGGGAAAGACAGAGAAUUCUUGAUGGUGGAGGACAGAAUGACAUUUUGGAAAUCAAGGAACUGACAAAGAUCUACAGAAGAAAGAGGAAGCCUGCUGUUGACAGGAUCUGUGUUGGCAUUCCUCCUGGCGAGUGCUUUGGACUUCUGGGAGUUAAUGGGGCUGGGAAGUCAUCAACUUUCAAGAUGUUAACUGGAGAUACUACAGUUACCAGAGGAGAUGCUUUCCUUAACAAAAAUAGUAUUUUAUCAAACAUCCAUGAAGUACAUCAGAACAUGGGCUAUUGCCCUCAGUUUGAUGCCAUCACGGAGCUACUGACUGGAAGAGAGCAUGUGGAGUUCUUUGCCCUCUUGAGAGGAGUCCCAGAGAAAGAAGUUGGGAAGGUUGGUGAAUGGGCAAUUAGAAAACUGGGCCUGGUGAAGUAUGGAGAAAAAUACGCUGGUAACUAUAGUGGAGGCAACAAACGCAAGCUGUCAACAGCCAUGGCUUUGAUCGGUGGGCCUCCUGUAGUGUUUCUGGAUGAACCUACCACAGGCAUGGAUCCCAAAGCCCGGAGAUUUCUGUGGAAUUGUGCCUUAAGUAUUGUCAAGGAAGGGAGAUCAGUAGUGCUUACAUCCCAUAGUAUGGAAGAAUGUGAAGCUCUGUGCACUAGGAUGGCAAUUAUGGUGAAUGGGAGGUUCCGGUGUCUUGGCAGUGUCCAACAUCUGAAAAAUAGGUUUGGAGAUGGUUAUACAAUAGUUGUACGAAUAGCAGGGUCCAACCCUGAUCUGAAGCCUGUCCAGGAAUUCUUUGGACUUGCCUUUCCUGGAAGUGUCCUCAAAGAGAAGCACCGGAACAUGCUCCAGUACCAGCUUCCAUCCUCAUUAUCUUCCCUGGCUAGGAUAUUCAGCAUCCUUUCCCAGAGCAAAAAGCGACUCCACAUAGAAGACUACUCUGUUUCUCAGACAACACUUGACCAAGUAUUUGUAAACUUCGCCAAGGACCAAAGUGAUGAUGACCACUUAAAGGACUUGUCAUUACACAAAAACCAGACAGUAGUGGAUGUUGCAGUUCUCACAUCUUUUCUCCAGGAUGAUAAAGUGAAAGAAAGUUAUGUAUGAAGAAUAGUGUUCAUGCAGGAUGACUGAAAGAAAGGAGGAACUGGCCCUCCCUUUGCACCAUGUGAAGUGUUCCAAAAGAAAGAGCUGAUGUGUUUGCAGGAAGAAGUAAACUGGAUACUGUACUGAUACUAUCUUCAAUGCAAUGCAAUUCAAUGCAAUGAAAACAAAAUUCCAUUACAGGGGCAGUGCCUUUGUAGCCUAUGUCUUGUAUGGCUCUCAAGUGAAAAAGACUUGAAUUUAGUUUAUUACUUUAUAACUAUGUGAAACUCUAGUAUGGAACCCAGCGGACAUAUGGGUUUGAAGUCACACUUUUUUUUUGUUCCUUUGUAUUCUCACUGGGGUUGCAACAAUAAUUCAUCAAGUAAUUAUGGCCAGAGAUUAUCAAAAUCAAAAGGCAUGUACACCUUCAUUCAUUAAGCUGUGCCAUGCCAGGAGACUGGUUUCCCAGUGACACAUCCAUUGCUGGCAAUGAGUGUGCCAGAAUUACUAGUGCCAAGUUGCUCAGAAAGCCUGAAGGACCAUGGUGUGUCAUGCACCCUUUUGUGAAAGCUGCUCUGCUUCAGAGUCUAUCAGCAUCAUAAUCAGGUGACAAAAUGGUGCCAUGUGUGGGAGAGGCCUGCACUGAUUCCAUGAUGAGCUGCUCUGGUGGUGGUAACAUGCAAGUUGUGGGUGGCUCAAGACAGGUGAGGCUUGGUUCCAUUCUUGUGUUGUCCCUUGCUUGGAGCCAUGGAGUCAUUUUUCUGGGACUUUUAAAAUAAACUUAGAUCCUGGAAAGAGGUGAAGAGCAGCCAAGUUGUUGAGGCUGCAAGCUGCUCAGGCCAGGUCAUGGGAGUAGAGAUGGCGUGUUCACACCUAGAGAGGCCUGUGUCCAUUUGUCCUGGUUGUCUGCUAACACGGUACAUUGCAUCUCAAGUUCUUCCUGUUUGACCUAAGUGUAGUAUUUCUGGCUUUUUAAGUUAAUCUAGAAUAUUAAAAGAUGGAAUUGUAUUUUGACAAAAGUCUUUGUGCUUUUAAUGUUAUUUGGAAUUUUAAGUUCUGUCAGUGACUUGUGAAUCCUUGGACUGGCCUCUUUGUAGAACCCAUGGCAUAGAGGAAUAUGGCCUCACUGCCUCACUAGCCAUUUCUCAUGGAAGCCUGCAGAUGGAUCCUCUGACUAGUACCUAGUGACUAGAAAACAAUGUGAUGGUCAAAAUCUCAUGACAAUAUUAUAUUUGAGUUUAAGGUCGUCAUUUAAAAUACUCUUAAUCUCAGUUUAAGUAUUUUUUGAGUGUGUAUUAUAGCUGAAUUGAGCGUGUAUGUAUGGAUUGGGUGGGGAAAAAUUAAGUCUCAGUAGAUAAUCCUGUGCCACGGUCUUCAGCUAACAGGUUUACAAAUACAGGUUGUUUUGUUGCAUUGGGGGCCCAGUGAAGGAAUACUGGGCAGCCCCCCCCCCUUUUUUUUUUAAAUAGCAACAGUGCAAAAGCCAAAAGAGUUUAACUGUCAUUAGGGUCACAAAACUAAUGAGUACUUUCACAAAGAAGAUCACUAGCUUCAAAACUUGUUGCGUAAAACAUCUUGUGCUUAAGGUAUAUAGUACCUUCAAAUAAUUGGCUUUGAAGAUCUUAGACACCGCAUUCUGACAAUCUCAAAAUUUUCAUCUCUUCAGUCCUGAGAUAAUCAUGAAAAAAAUAACGCAAAUGCUCCCACAUGGAAUAUUUCAGACUUUUCUGACCCAGUCUUUUUUUUUUUUUUUUUUGGUCAGUAAACAUUAAAAAAAAAUUAUUUGACCAAUGCUUAAUGUGAUCUGCCUUAAGACAACAAAAAUAUGAGGAAGUACUGUUGGGUGAAUAGGCUGUCUUUCAUUGUCAUUUCUGAUUUCUUCUUUUUCUAAAAUAUAAAUAUUAACUCUAAAGGUGUAAGAUUUCAGAUCUAUUUCAAAUCUAUAUUUUUUAAAAUUUACAGAAAGUUACCACAUAACUUGUUUGGAAAAAGAAAAUGACUUAGAAAUUAGUGUCAAUAUUUUCUAAAAUGAUAAACAGGUAAUAGAGGAUAUUCCAGUAACUAUUGGCAUGAUGAGGUCAUUAUAUUUUGUGCUAUCUCUAAUGACCUAAAAUUCAUAGAGUAAUUUACUUUCUCCUUGUUUACUCUUUUUCAAAAUCAAACUUCUGUUAGUUUUCCCAGUUCACUAGCAUCAUAUUCUAAUUCCCUAUUAAAUCAUUGAGUAGCUCUUGGCUUUAAUUACUCUGACUUCAAGGCCAUAUUUAAAAAAAAUCAAAAGACACUGUGAACUGUUCUGAAAAAAAAAAAAAACCAUUUCAAUAUAGAUUUUAAAAAGAUCUCUUCUGAAGCUAGGAACAAUCUAUAGUUACACACUGACUUUGUGGUUGCUUUUUAGACUAUGCAUAUAGUAAUCUUUUACAUUUUCCUGUGUAAACCUAAUCAUAGAAAUUUUUACCAAUUCUCUACUCAAGUAAAAUUCUAUAUAUAUUCCCUGUGGAAAUGUAAGUAUGUGCCGUUCAAAAAUUCUCAAAAAAAGUGUUCAAAGAUUGCUGCUUUUGCUUCUUUUGGACACCUUGGAAACUUUAUUAACAACUGUGAAUAUGAAAAAUACGAAAGAAAACAGUAACAAAGCCCUCUCUACAUAAACAUCCAGCACAGUUCAUUGUUAAAAACAGCCAAACCUCAAACUACUGUAUUUCAAUAUCUGUACUGAAAGCGUGUGCAUUGUGACUAUUAUAUGUUGCACGUCUUUCAUUCACUGUAAUCAUUGAUGAAAGGGAUUUGUCUGUUUUCUUCUUGUGGUUGUAUAUAUCAGGUAAAUUUUCUUCCAAAGAGCCAUGUGUCCUAUAUAAUAUUGAACCACUUUGAUAUGAAGAUAUUUGUACCCUUAUAACAAUUUACUAGUCAUGAUAUAGUACUACAGUAAGAUAGCUCUAAUUCUCUUCAAAAUUGUUGCAUCCCUUUUAUAGAAUGUUUUUAUUCCCAUAAGGAUUAAGUUUUCUCUUUCUUAUAACCUAGGAUGAAGCUAUUUUUGUGUGUGUGUGCUUUUUCUUUAUCAUUGGCCCCUUCAUUCUGAGCACUUUAUGCUGUCUGUAAUGGGAUCUAUUUUUGCACUGGAAUACCUGAGAAUUGCAAAACUAGACAAAAGUUUCACAACAGAUUUCUAAGUUAAAUCAUUUUCAUUAAAAGGAAAAAAAGAAAAAAAUUUUGUAUGUCAAUAACUUUAUAUGAAGUAUUAAGAAAACAUAUUUCUAUGUUGUAAUGAGUCACGAAAUAAAGCUGUGGCAGUUCUGCU